AUGGCUCCGAAAGUGAUUUUCCUUAUGGCCGAUUACGGACACGACCCUACUGAAACUGCCAUUCCAUGGCAGGUCUUUCGCGACUCUGGCUUCGAAAUCACCUUCGCCACCGAAGCAGGCACCUCGCCCAAAUGCGACGAGAAGAUGCUCUCAGGCUGGACCGGAACUCUUCUCGGUGCUAACAAAGCCGCCAAAAAAGUGUAUAAAUCGCUCCGGGACAUUGAUUCCGGCUUUCAAAAGCCCUUGGCCUGGAAAGAUGACUCGUUCCGUCUAUCGGACUACGACCUCGUGUUCCUUCCCGGCGGCCACGACAAAGGUGUUCGUCAAGUCAUCGAUUCACCUCGCGUCCAUGAAUUGCUUGCCGCUUACUUUCCCCAAACGCAGAAGCCGUCUCGGAAAUCAAUCGCUGCGAUCUGUCAUGGCGUGCAGAUAUUGGCAAUGGCUUCGACGAAUGAAGGUAAAAGCGUUUUGCACGAUGUUCAGACCACCGCGUUGCCGGCGCUCAUGGAACAGGGGAUCUUCUACACCACAAGAUUGUUCCUCGGGGAUUAUUACAAGACGUACGGUGCAGGGACGGAUCCUGUCGAGGAAAUUGUCAGGAAGAGGCUGUCUGAGAGGAGGCAGUUUGCUAGUAGUAUUCGGCCUACUCCAUUCGUCGCCUUGGACCCCAAGUACAAUUAUCUCUCGGCAAGAUUUCCACCUGAUGCUAAGACACUAGCGAAAAAGGCCGUCGCGAUGGUCAACGAAGUCACGAAAUCCCCCUAG